CACCUCUCUCUUUCCCUCCAUUCCCUCACAGAGGCGGAAAAAAGGCGCGGGGGUUCCGGCGGAGAUCGCCGGAGAUGUCGUCGGUGGCCUCGAAGCUCUCCAGAGCCGCCGACGUCUUCUCGUCGGACGCGCAAACCCUCGUCGUGGAGAUGCGCAAGGCGCUCGGCACCAUGAAGUCCCUCGCCGUCGACUACGAGAGGGACGGCAAGUCUGGUCAGGUGCAGAAGCUUGAGGAGAUGGUGCUGGAUAUGGUGGCCUCGUAUGAGGACUGCGUGGCCCUCACUGAGGCGGUUAGGGCUGUGCCUGAAUCGUACCAGCCGUCUGAUCAGCCGACGGAUUUCAAGAGGUUGAUCGAGACAGAGGUUAAUAAGAUCAAGGAGGGCUCAUCAGCAGCGGGACAGGACCACCCGCUAGUUCGGCAGUUCAGGGAGUCUGUUUGGAAUGUUCACCAUGCAGGUCAACCAAUGCCUGGUGAGGAACAGGAGGACAUUGUCAUGACUAGCACCCAGAUGAGCAUCUUAAACAUUACAUGCCCAUUAACUGGGAAGCCUGUGAUUGAGUUGCCAAAUCCAGUGCGCUGUGUGGAUUGCCGGCACAUAUAUGAAAAGGAUCCAAUAAUGCAUUAUAUAAGGAACAAAAAACCACCAAAGUGUCCUAUUGCAGGCUGCCCCAGAGUAUUACAAAUAGGGAAGGUUGUUUGCGAUCCCCUCCUCCGUGUUGAAAUUGAAGAGUUGCGCUCGUCAGAGCCUUCUGCUGCGAAUGCCACUAACAUAGAGGACUUCACCGAUCUACCUGAUGAUGACGAGUGAGGAGCGUCCGGGUUAAGGAUGGUGGCAGUCGUUAAUUUGUAAGAGGAUUGGUUCUAGUAUUGUUCAGGAUGCACCCUUUGUCUUGUUGAGUGCUGCAUCCGAUGACCUUGGUAUGUUUCAUGGCGAAUGCAACUCUAUGGUGAUUAGCGAACAACUAUGGCUGUGGACUAUAUAUCUCGUUGUUCUGUGC